AUGAUAAAAAAAUUGUUAGCGUUGACUCUUGCUCUCGCUUUUGUUGCUGUUGUUUUUGCGAGACCGCAGUUGCCAUUUCCACUCAAUUAUGGGUCUAUAUCUCCAGAAGGAGCCGGAUUUCUCUGUAUUGGUUCUCCAGCACUUGAAGCUUUCAAAGCUACAACAGAAAAGAAUUCGAUUGAGGGUUUACAAGUUGACUGGUAUGGAAGAGUUCCAUUGAAACUGUAA